AUGGAGAAACAGAUAUUCGGCUUAAAAUUCGCUGCAAAACAAAUGCAGCGUUGUGCUAUUCGUUGCAAUAAAGACGAGGUGGAAUCUAAGAAUAAAUUGAAGGCUGCUAUUAAGAAGGGGGACCAUGAAGGUGCAAGAAUCCAUGCAGAAAAUGCGAUUCGACAUAAGCACACCGCAACAAGCUAUCUGAGACUUGCUGCGCGAAUCGAUGCUGUUGUCUCUAGGGUUCAGACAGCCAUGACUACUAAGAAUUUUACUAAGAGCAUUAUGACAGUUGUCAAUUGUAUGGAAAACGCAGCCAGGUCUAUGGAUAUGGAAAAGGUUAGCUGUCUCAUGGAUAAAUUCGAAAGAGAAUUUGACAACAUGGAUAUACAGUCAAAGCUUGUAAGCUCCUCGCUAGCCAAUACGAUGUCAAUUUCAACUCCCGAAAAUGAAGUCCAAGGACUGAUAAAUCAGGUAGCUGACGAAACUGGAAUAGAACUGAACUAUGAACUCCCUGGUUCAACUCACGGUUCCGUUUCGGUGGCCCCUAUUUCAGCGGAGGAGGAAGAUGGUCUCACACAGCGCUUAGCUAGACUUAGACAUUCGUGA